GAGGCCGCGCCGCCGCUGCGCGGGGCUCACCUGUUGGCCCGGGCCGCCGCUGCCCUCUCCUUCCCGCGCCCCCCCACCCCACCCCCCCCUCCGCCCCGCCGUUGGGAGCGGCCGCCGCGCGCAGGGCCCGGCCGCUGCCGCCAGCCGGAGCCGCCGCCAUGGCGGAGACAGAGGAGAGGAGCCUCGACGACUUCUUCGCCAAGCGGGACAAGAAGAAGCGGAAGGAGAAGAGCAGCCGAGGGGCCGCCGUGGCCUCCAGCGCCUCCAACGCCGCCUCUAACGCCGCGGGGGCGGCCGCGGCGGCCGGGGGAACCCGCCCGGCUGAUGGCAGCGGCUCCGGGGCCGCCGCCUCCAACGCCGGCUCCGCCAAGACAGCGACCAAGGUACGGCCGGGAGGAGAGGGGAGGGGGGGGAGAGCGGGGCCGCUCCGUCGGGGCGGCGGUGGGGGAAGGGUCACGGCUUCCUCCGCCGGCCCGGGCGGCGCCUUCCUGCCGGCAGGGGGCGCCGCCACCGAAGAGGAUGAUUGGAAGGAGUUUGAGCAAAAGGAAGAAAUUGAUUAUAGUGGUCUUAGAGUUCAGUCCAUGCAAAUAAGUGAAAAAGAUGAUGAUGAAAGUGAAAAAAGAGAAGAACCCGGUGACAACUGGGAGGAGACUGGUGGUGGUGUAGACAGAUCAUCUGGUCCUUGGAACAAGUCAGCUCCUGCACCAGCACCUGUUGUUGAACCAAUUGUUACAGAAACCCCAGAACCAGUUCAGACUGGUGGUGUAUACAGGCCGCCUGGUGCCAGGGAGGGUGGCAGGCCACGGAGAGCACAGCAAGGACCACCAGAAAUCUAUAGUGAUACGCAGUUUCCAUCACUGCAGUCCACCGCCAAGCUUGUAGACAGUCGAAAGGAUAAAGAAAUGGAGAAGAGCUUUGAAGUAGUAAAACACAAAACUAGAGGUAGGGAUGAGGUCUCAAAAAACCAGGCACUUAAACUUCAGCUAGACAACCAGUAUGCUGUGCUUGGGGAUCAGUAGAGCUGCAUACACAUUGCAAUUAAGGAAUGCUUUUUUGGUAACCCUUCUACUAAGGUAACUAAACUACAGCUAACAGCUAUGAUGAACAUGCCACCUUAUUUCUGCUGGAUCUACUGCAGCAAGUGCAGACUACUUUGACGUAAGUGAUUGGUUCUCCUGCACUAUGGAAGCAUAAUAUGUUACAACUUCUCCAUUGGAUAUGGGGCAAAUUAAUGUAAAUGAUUGAACAGGAGUCAUCAGUGUUCUUUAAUUGCUCAGAUACCUACAGCCAGUGGUCAUUUCAAAAUCUCUUUAUGUUCAGAUACUGAGCCUUCGUAAAGGUUGACUACCUCAGACUUGCUGCACUCAUUGUGGACACCAUGUGGAUCACAACUUCUGGAAGAGAAGGUUACAGCUGUUUUAGUGGCCAUCUGAAACUUGAAACCAGCUCUACUGGAUUCCUGUCAGAAAUCCUGCAGAAGUCAGCCAUUUGGUUCCAAUUUGCUAUAACAAAGAUUUAAGUGACCUUAAUGACAAACCUAUUCCGUUCCCCUUCUGAGGAAUCCUGUCAUGUGUAGCCAUAGCCUACUAGAGACUUCUGGAGCAUACCAUACCACUCACACUAUCCAAGUAUAACAGAGCUGUAGUUUGUUUACCUUUUUAGAUAGCUGUACUGAAAUAACUGCAAAACAAAUUAAAACUUAUUCAGUAUCAGAUUUGAGGAAUGAUGGGUUUGAAUGGUCUGUUUGCAUUAGCCAUUUUCACAGUUGUCUGUUUAAGCAUAUUUUUUUUUCUAUUCUCCACAAAAAAAGCCUGCCUUGUUUCUGGUAUCAAAUUGCGGUAUACUUAAAUAAUGAUGAGAUGUUGUAGUGAAAUAGGUUUUAUUUUGUUUUUUGUCAUGAGGUUUGUCUUUCUCACCCUAAAGCACUAAGACUUAAGAGUUUUGAUUUGACACAGAGGUAUCCAGACUCCAACUACAGUUUUCAGAAUUUGUCUUUUAAAAAUGAGAUAUGUGGCAGUAGCAAUACUAGAUAAAAAUUUCUCCUCUAUUAAAAAGUUAUUUGUUGUUUGAAGGGUAAUGGUUACUUGAUAACCAAAAUAACUUAGUAUGCAGGGGGAUAACUUAAGCUGGUAAGCCUUAUUUGUUUGGCUACUUCUGUGAAGCAUGCAGGCUUUUUGAGGCAGAAAUCCUCUUAAGUAAAACUCGUAAGUGGUGUCUAUUCAAAGUCAGGAAGUUCAGUAAUAAUGGAAGACAGUGACUUCUUUAAGUUGUUGUCAUCUCUGACUUAAUUUAGUGGAAGUAGGCAAAAUGGCACUGAUACACUAAGAAUGUAGGACAUUGCCCGUAACUCUGAUUUGAUGAACGAAACCUGUCAAGUACCAAAAGUGUCCUGCUGUAACUGUUUUUCUCUUCUCUGAAUUCUUACACCAGAAGCAAAAUGAAGUACAAUAGUGGCGUGCUCCAGGGUUGAGGUUUCUCAGAGUAAAUGCCAAAAAAUAGACCCAACAUCUAUAAGAGUUGCCAAUGGCAAGAAAAACAAGGGAACAAAACAAAACUUGCUUACAUGUGUGGGAGUACUGUGUAUGUGCAGAAGAUGAAGAUAGUGCAGGAAUUGCCUAGUUGGGUUCCCUUUGACUAACCGCUGACUCGCUUUAAAUAUUCUUCUCUGAGGCCAAUGGGAAUUUUGCUGUUGACUUCAGUGGGGCUGGGGUUUCACCUGGUUCUUUUGUGCACAGACUAAAACUGGCCUUGCCCUUGCAGAGUUAACUGUCUCUAAAACUUCUGCUAGAAGCUGCUAUUAAAGACAGGGCUCAAGAGACUAUUCUUAAAGUUGGAGACUUCAUUUGGAAACAAAACCCCACUGAAAGACUGAUACCAAUACCUUGGACUCUGAGCCAUGUAUCUUCCUUGCAAAUACAUUGUUGCCAGCAAAACUGUUGAUUUGUCACUAAAGAUUUCUGUGGAAUUCAUGGUAUAUGGACAUGUCACUUGAUGUGGUAGAAACGUGAAAUCUUAAAACACUUUUCCUGAUGCUCUAAAGCGAUUGAGAUCACUAGUGCACAUGAAUCAAGUUUUAGUCUACUGUAUGAAGGGUAGAUGAGACUGUCCAUUGUACCGUCUUUAUUUGAGGUUUUGGGCAUGAAUUCUGGCAGUUCAAGAAAACCCUGUAACAGUUUCAAAUCAAAUAAAAUGGAAAUAUACAUGGAUUCUGGAGUCUAAUGAAUCUUUACCUUCAAUUCUAGCUUAUGACCGUACAACAGCUGAGGAAAUGCAGAGCAUUUGGAUCUCUUAAGGGACAGGCCAUGGAGUGGGUAGUCAGCCUUAUGGUCAGAUGGGCUAUGUUUAAGAGCUUAUAGCAGUGCAUAGUAAUAUGACUUUUAUUUAUAUAUAGAAGUUUAGUUUGCUACCUGUCAGAGUGUCUUCUUACUCCCACCAUAUAGGACUGGUUUGAGAUUGUGAAUUGAGUAUGAAUGAAGCUUUGAUUUGCUUUUCACUUGAAAGUAGCUCUGCUAAAUUAAAGAAUGAAAAAAUUCUGGAUGUUUGCUGUCACCGGAGUCCAUCAGCUACUGAUACCUAGAGGUGUUGUUUUGGGGGCUUCUCUUAAGAAGCACACAGAAUUCCACGUUCUUUCUGGAGGCAUAAAGGAAAAAAAUCAGAAAUGCAGCAGAUUUCCAUAGUACAGAAUGUUAAACUAUUUUAAAGUGUUUCUUGUGUUAAAUAUAGCUGCCAGCAACUAUCAAAAUGCCAGUUGUCAGUAUCUUCCUUGUAACAAUUAAUUGUUCUGCAUGCCUGAAAUUUUGAAAGUCAGUCCUCUGUGGAAGCUCAGUGUGGAUGCUUUUGAGACUCUGAAGUCCAACUUUAUCUUGUUUGUUAUUGCAUUCAUUCAAGGCAUGCUAAGAAUGUCCAUUUCAUUCCUUCAAAAUGCUUGUUGAAGGCUCAUUCCAUAAAUGAAGGAUUGUCAGUUGUAGAAAUGAGAUUCUUGAUACCAGUCAGUAAAAUGCAGUUGUGUGCCACUUCAGGAACUUCCUAACCUGUAACAUGCUUUUAUGGUGGGUUAGUUAUUAAUUUCCAAUUUAAAGGUUCCAUUUUACUUUCUCUGGCUUAAAAUAAAAACAGACAUGAAGUUACUGACUUGCUAGUAGAACAUUUAAAUGUCCAGUACUUACUGGGAAGGGAACAAUUUGGAUUUGUGGUUCUUGGUGAUACAGUCUGUAUUUAAGGAAUGUUAAAAUGCCAAAAAAUAGAUAAUUUUAAUAAAGAUGGACUUCCCAAAUGCCUGCUGUAGGAAUCUGGCAUCUGUAUUUACUUGAGCUGAUGAUAAAUGUAGGAGAGGAUUAGUUUUGACCGCGCACCCCCCCGUUUUAGCUGUGCCAUGUUUAAUCUUAUUCACAAAUGAAGAGGAAUUGACAACUAAAAGUGACUCUCCUGCUACUUCAGUUUUGUCUUUGUAGCUAGCUUUACCAGUCACGUCCAAAGUAACUCUUUUACAAAACUUACGAAUAGAUGAAUUUUUAAUUGUACGAAUUGUGUUAGAGACCUGACACCAUAGGGACUAGGGUUUUUGGUAUUUGCAUCUGUUGGCUCUUGGAAACUCUUUCACCACAACAUGGCUGAGACACCUGUGCUGUUUAGGUCAAGAAAACACAAUAUAAAUUUGAUAGGGCUGCACAUCUUGGAGUUUGCUUGUCUGAGCUUUUGCAAUAAUUGUAUCUUUUUGUCUUUCUAAUUUCAGCCUGGUUGAGCAGUUUUAAACUUGCUUGUGGGUUUCUGUCAAAUACCAUAACUAAAAUGGAGCAGAUGAGUCGCCCUUAGACUAGCAGAGCUUCAUAUGCUUAAAAGGUGCUUAUUUACAAAGUAAUAAUAUUAUUCUUUCCAGUAUUGACAUGGUUAGAGAAAUGAAUACCUCAUAUUUUACGUGACCAAUUUGUAUCAGAGGCCCAAGAAACUAAAUUUUACCAAAAACACCUUGAGUACUUAAAAAUCUUUAUGAAUAGCCACAAUCCAGGUUUUGUCACUUGACUGUAAUUUAGUUCGCAAAUUGUCCCUCUGUUUUCAGCUUUUAAUUUCACAAAUUGGUUUUAAUGGUAAUUAGGGGCUUUAUUUGGGAAUAUAAGAAAAUAAUAAUAUGCGUAUUUACAUUUCAGAUAUAUAGAUGAGGUACAUACAAACGGGGAGGAAAUCUGACAUAUAUUUGCUGAGAAACUCUCCAGGAAAAAGUUAAAAAGUCAGCUUGUCUGUAUUGAGGUUAAUAUGAGAACCUGCAAGCUCUAGCAGAUGGAAGAAGAACAACUGAGGAGUCUAAUACUGAUUUGGAUAAGUCAUAACUAUUAUGUAUCUAGAGUUUGGCUUCUGAAGCACCAAGUGUAGUUCCACCAUGUUCUGUUUGAAAUCAAAUAGAACAGGAAGGAAGAUUUUUUUUUUUUUUUUCCAGGAAGGCCGUUUUCUAAAUGAUAGUAUUAAAUGCAUAGCCUGAGGUAGGGAGUGGAGUGUAAGUGGCAGAGAAGGAUAGGCAGAGAAGUGCUGUGUGGGUAGGCACUGCCUUCACAAGUGACAGACCCAUCUGACUUUAAAUCAGCAAAAGUGUCUGAAGUUCAGUCCUUGGGGAAGGCAUCCCAUUUUAUUUUUUCCCUUUAAAGAAAAGAAUGAAGAAAACCUGUCCAGAGAGAAGGUAGAAUUUUGCAUUGGUACAAAGCUGUCUAACCAGUUGCCUAAAGAGAGAACCAAGAAAGGACAAAUUCCAAGAUAGUUCACCAAUCUUGGAAUUCAGCAAGGAAAUAACUUGUUUCAUAUUUAAGAAAACUCUUUUUUACUUCAGCAUGAUAAAAAGCUGAGACACUGAUACAAAUUGCUAUGAAGACAUUUCCUUUUCUUUGAAGCAUCUUCUGAUGGUACGUGUAUCAUGGUUUUAUGUUCACUUGCUUAGAAUAUAUGUUGAUACAGCAAGGUUAAUGAAGUUCAAUGGGCUGCUUAGCCAGAAUACAAAUAUUAAAAAUGUAUCACAGUAUUAAUGAAUCACCGGAAAAAGUAGUGCGUCUGGAAUACUGGAAUGGAAAGUAUCGUCUAAAACAACUGCAUGCACUGAAAAGAAGCAAGCCCAUUUUGUAGCAAGAGCAUAGGACCAAGAGAGUGGAAUUUGGCCUUGGUUUUCCAAUGAGCUGCUGUAUUAACUUCAAGUAAUUCAGUUUCACUUUGCCUCGGUUUCCACGGCUGUACCAAAAAAACCCAACAACCUACCUCACAGGGGUGUUGUGAGGCCAAAGCUGUUCUUUGUCAAGGGCUGGGGCUGAUGGAAGGUGCUACAGAGGACUAAAAAUCUUUAUUAAAAGAUCUUUAUAUGAGCUUUCAUUACAGUAUUUUAAUACUACUUUGGGAAAGGCUUAUUUCUACAGAGUGUAACAUAUGUUCUAUUUAAGUAUUAUGUAAUUAGACUUAUUUUAGUAUGUAUGGGUAAGGAAGAAGGUCAGGCUGAGCAUUCUAACUGGUAUUUCCUCUCUAAUUAUCUGCAACCAAAAUGGUAUAUUAAUAUGAGGCUUUUUGUUUUUAUGUGGAAUACACUAAAAUCAAUAUUGCUAUAUUUUGUAAACCCUUGACUGAAAUAAAAUCCUGCUCACAGUU